GAUAACUAACUGCUGAGAUUUGAAACAAGAAUACUCAAAAAAGGUAGAACUAAAUGAUGAAGUUACCAUCGUUCCAGAUUUUCAAAUCAGGAGAAAGUCAAUUCUUGGGAAUAAGGAGAAUGAGAAAAAAAUCAAUUGAUAGUACAAAUUUGAUUGAUUAUUUUAUUUGAAAUAUGGGUUGUUGUAUUAGUACUCCAUAUAUGUAUCCUGAUGGAGGAGUGUACGAUGGUGAACUCAAAAAUGGUCUUCCUGUAUAAUAUCUCAUUAAAUUUAGCAUGGAAAAGGUAAAAUAUAGUGGAAAAAUGGGGAUUUUUUUGAAGGAAAUUUUGAGGCUGGUAAGAAGACUGGAAAAGGAAUAUUUAAAUGGAAUGAUUCAUCUUAUUAUGAUGGAGAAUUUUUAAAUGAAAAUUUUCAUGGUUAUGGAGAGUAUUAAUGGUAUGGAGGAAGACUUUACAAAGGAUAAUGGGUUGAAGGCAAAAUGGAAGGGUAAGGAAUUUUAAUUGAUGAUGGCAAACAAUAUCAAGGUAUUAGGCUUAAUCUAUUAAUAAGGCUUAUUCAAAAAUGACAAAAAGGAAGGGCAAGGAGAAAUGACAUGGUCGAAUGGGUAAAAAUACAUCGGAGAAUGGAAGAAUGGAAAACAACAUGGCAAAGGAAAACUAAUUGAUACUAAUGGUCAUGUCACAGAAGGUUAAUGGGUUAAAGGCAAAAAAUAAUGA